AUGAGCCGCACCACCUUCUUUGAGGUGGAGAUCCUCGAUGCCAAAACAAAAGAACAGCUCUGCUUUUUAGACAAGGUGGAGCCACAUUCGACAAUAGGGGAAAUAAAAAGUCUUUUUCACAAGUUAUAUCCUCAUUGGUAUCCAGCCAGACAGGCCCUGACACUCCACCCCAGAGGAAAGUCGCUCAGAGAUGACGAGGUCUUACAGAGUCUGCCUGUUGGGACCACUGCCACUAUGUUCUUCAAAGACCUGGGGCCGCAGUUAGGCUGGACUAUGGUGUUUCUUGCAGAAUACUUGGGUCCUCUCCUCACCUACCUCCUGUUCUACUUCAGAGUGCCGUACAUUUACUCUCAGGGUUUUGCCUUCACCUCCAGCCCUCACCCGGUCGUCACUUUGGCCUGUGCCUGCCACACGUGCCAUUACAUAAAGAGGCUGGUGGAGACUAUCUUUGUGCACCGCUUCUCCCACGGAACCAUGCCUCUGCGGACCAUCGUCUGGAACUGUGCUUACUAUUGGGGUUUCUCUGCUUGGUUGGCCUACUACAUCAACCACCCUCUGUACACGCCUCCUUCAUAUGGAGACCAGCAAAUCAACUAUGCCCUGGCAGUAUUUGUGAUGUGUGAACUUGGAAACUUCUCGAUUCAUUUGACUCUGAAUCGCCUUAAAAAUGGAGCAAGAAACAGAACAUUUCCAGGUCCAACCAAAAACCCGUUCACAUGGCUUUACUUCUUUGUAUCGUGCCCAAACUACACGUAUGAGGUCGGGACCUGGGUCGGCUUCUCUGUCAUGACCCAGUGUGUUCCAGUGGCCCUGUUCGCGUUGCUUGGGUUCAUCCAGAUGACCAUUUGGGCCAAAGGGAAGCACAAAGCCUACAGCAGAGAGUUCAAAGACUACCCCUCUCUCCGAAUGGCUAUUAUUCCCCUCAUUUUAUGA